AUGAGUGGACGAGGCGAGGGAGCCGGUCAGCCUUCCACUUCCACCCAGGGACAACCUGCCGCCCCAGCGCCCCAGAAGAGAGGACGAGGUCGACCCAGGAAGCAGCAACAAGAGCCAACAGGUGAGCCCUCUCCUAAAAGGCCCAGAGGAAGACCCAAAGGAAGCAAAAACAAGAGUCCCUCAAAAGCUGCCCAAAAGAAAGCAGAAGCCACUGGAGAAAAACGACCAAGAGGCCGACCCAGGAAAUGGCCACAACAAGUGAUUCAAAAGAAGCCUGCUCAGGAAGAGACUGAAGAGACGUCUUCACAAGAAUCUGCAGAAGACGAUUAGGAGACCACGCCAUUCUAUUUCUACCUCAUCAGCAGUUGGGUCUUUUGAAGGGAGAAGACACUGCCGUGACCACUUAGUUUUCUAUUGCCAUGGUCUUUUCCACUUUUGCCUGGGGGAAAAAAAUCACAUAACCUUAAAAAGGACUUUAUUAAUCACCUUCUUUGUAAUCCCUUCACAGUCCCAGGUUUAGUGAAAAACUGCUGUAACACAGGGGGACACAGAUUAACGAUGCAACUUUUAAUUACCGUUUUCUAUUUUCUUAACCUACUAAUAGUUUGUUGAGCUGCUAAGAAAGGGUGAAUGGGUCAGAAAAAUCUUUGAAUCAGGUUUAGUCAUUCACUGCACUGCAUGUAAACAAGAAACUUGUAAUAUUAAUUAUAAUGGGCAUUCAUACAGGAAAGGCUUGGUGUGAAACACGUCACAGGCCUCAGACACCACCGACAACCCACUCCUAUCUUAGUCAACUCCCUGUUUAGAACACCAAAGAUAAGGGAUAGAUGCUACUCUUUUUUUUUUAAUUAUCUUGUAGACUUUUACUUGAUUUUUUUUUUCACUUACUGUUAUUUCAAGAAAGAUUUAAGGCUGAUUUGUCA